ACUGGCUGACUGUCGGCAGAUGAAGCUCCCAGUUCCGUAUGCCUCCUGUUCCUCACCCCAUCCUGUACCUUAAGAGAGUGAGAACCAAACUCCAGCGCCUUGGCUCACAAAGCCAAACUUCUUGUUGGGUUCACCUGACAGACAAGCCAGGGAACAUGCUGGUGAAGGUGGAUGCUGGCUUGGCUGUGGAACCUGAGACCUCUCCCAUGUGCUUGGCUGGAGGCCCGAAUGACUCUGAUAUGCUCGCCUGGUGCCCUUCUUGUUGAGGCGUAGCCAGCAAGACAAAGAAACCAAGAUCAAGACUCAAGCAGGAAGAUUGUGCUCUACGCCCACUUCCCAAUAUGCAAAUCAGGCAUAAAGAUUCCGGAUCCUUAUCUGUCCUAGACGGAUUUUCACACAAACACAUCCAAACCCUUUUCUGCAUUGGACAGACAGACAGAAGACUGCUAGGGAUGUCGGGAUAACACUGCACUCCACAGCACAGACUCUCUCCAAAGGCUGCUCUGUCUUCGAUUGACUCCAGCUCACAGCCACCCUGUGCCAUGAGUGACCACGCAGGGCUGGUGAGCCACCUGCGGGCAGCCUGGCUCUCAGGGAGGACACGGCCCUUGGAAUACCGUACAGCCCAGCUGGAGGCCCUGGGCCGAUUCCUGGAGGAGAAGAAGCAGGACAUCCUGGAGGCCACUGCCUUGGACAUGCGCAAGCCAUCCUUCGAAGUGGAACUCUCUGAGAUAUCCAUCUGCAGGAGUGAGCUCAACCACACGCUAAACAACCUGGGUGCCUGGAUGAAGGACGAGAACGUGGACAAGAAUUGGGCAACACAGCUGGACUCGGCCUUCAUCCACAAGGACCCCUAUGGGGUAGUGCUCAUCAUCGGGCCCUGGAACUACCCCAUCAACCUCCUCCUAGUGCCCCUCAUUGGGGCCAUCGCUGCUGGUAACUGUGUUGUACUGAAACCCUCCGAAAUCAGCAGGAACAUGGAGAGGCUGGUGGCCGAGGCAUUGCCCAGCUACCUUGACAAGGACUGCUUUGCUGUGGUAACUGCCGGAGUGGAGGAGACCACCAGGCUGCUGGAGAACAAGUUUGACUACAUCUUCUUCACUGGCAGCCCCUCAGUGGGCAGGAUCAUAAUGACGGCUGCUGCCAAGCACCUGACACCGGUGACGCUGGAGCUGGGGGGCAAGAACCCCUGCUACGUGUCUGACAACUGCAAUGUGCAGAACGUGGCCCGGCGGGUGGCCUGGGGACGCUUCUUCAAUGCGGGGCAGACCUGUGUUGCGCCUGACUACGUCCUGUGCAGCGUGGAGAUGCGGGAGAGGCUGGUGCCUGCUCUGCGUGAGGCCAUCGCAGAGUUCUACGGCCCCGAACCCCGCAAUUCCCCUGACUUUGCCCGCAUCGUGGGAGACAAACAGUUCCAGCGAGUGCAGGCGCUGCUGCGCAGCGGGCGUGUGGCCAUCGGGGGACAGACGGACGAGAAGGAGCGCUACAUCGCCCCCACAGUGCUGGUGGACGUCCAGGAGAAUGACCCAGUGAUGCGGGAAGAGAUCUUUGGCCCUGUGUUGCCCAUUUUGACAGUGACCAGUGAGGAGGAUGCCAUCACCUUCAUCAAUGCCCGGGAACGGCCACUGACACUCUAUGUCUUCUCAUCCAGCACAAAGGUGGUUCGUCAGCUGCUGGAGCGGACAAGCAGUGGUGGCUUCUGUGCCAAUGACACCAUCAUGCACAUGACACUGACUUCACUGCCUUUUGGUGGCAUCGGGCUAAGCGGCAUGGGCCGCUACCACGGCCGUUUCACCUUCGAGACCUUCUCGCACCUCCGCUCGGUCCUGCUCCGUGCCGACGGCCGGGAGGCGCUGAACAACCUCCGCUACCCGCCGUACGCCCCGCGCCGCCUGCCGCUACUCCGCACCACCGUGGAGAGCCGCCGCCGCACCGUCGCCUGCACGCUGCUUUGAGCGCCGUCUCAAUAAACGC